GGCGUUAAAAGCAACAGCAGCAGCAGCAAGGGCGACCGAGAGAGAGAGGGGGGGGGAAACCUUCAGCUUUGGCUGAAAAGGAGGGAUUUCGGGAGGAGGAAAAGCAAGCAAAGCGAGCUCUCCUCCGCCCUCUCCCCACCCCCAACCCACCCACGCGAACGAGACUCUUGUCGCCGAAAAUUAGGGGGCGGGAGAGGCCACGCCACCCGCGCGAGCAAACGCCCGGGCGCCGGCAGGAAAACGCGGCGACUCGUAUCGAGAAAGGGGUGGUGGUGGUGGUGGUGGUGUUGUGGAGAAUGGGCGACGAGCUGCGCUGCGUGCAAACAGCGCCGCCGGGGAGAAGAGACCAGGGCUCCGUUACUUGUGAGGGAGCCGCACAGGCGCACAUAAACGGGCGAGCUUGGCGGCUCCUUCCCGAAGGCGAGGGAAAAGGGCGAACCGCCUGACUGGAACUCGGCAGAGUUUGUUCGCCGGCUGCCUGUGGAAGUGAGGCAAAGAAUGUGCUACAGCCCCACCUCCUCCUUCUCCUCUUCCUCCUCCUCCCGCCGCUGCCCCAGCUCCUCACAACCAGAGCAGCCUGGAAGUGAAGGGGCUCGGUUUGCGGCCGCUACUGCCGCCAGUCGUGCUGUGCCUGCGCCGCGGGAGCGAGCGCUGCUAUUGCUGCUGCCGCCGCCGCACCUGGCCUCGGCCGCUUUGGGAUGUGCAGCAGGCGCCGCCUCCUGAACUCCGGCUAGUUCUCCCGCGCGCUCCUCGGCUCCGGCUGGGAGCUCCACUCGCGCCCGGCUCCGCUUCGGCUUCUUGCGGGAGGGGAGAAAAGCAGCGAGAGCCCUGAUUGGCGAACGAAGCUUCGGCAAAGGCGCCAAGCGGUGGCGUCCUAAUCUCACAGGCGGCCAAAACGACCCGCCGGGGCAACCGGGGAGGAGACCGAGCGAGGGCAGCGAGAGGCUACGGAACAUCUCGCCCUACCCGCCCUUCUGGACUUUUGAGCACAGGAACUGCUUGGCGCGAGGGUCCGGAGGCAGAAGGGGGCAAGAGGUUUGUGGCGUCCCGUGACCCGACCCCGUGCAGUUGGACCUUCUUCCCGGCUUCGCUGGAAGGUUGGGUCUACGGAUUAUCCACUUUUUGGGGGCUUGGGCUGUGUGUUUGUGUGUGUGUGUGUGUUUAUGUGUGCGUGUGUGUAUGUGGGUACGUAUAGCUGUGCGCGCGCGUUUGCGCCUGUGUGUCUGUGAUGCUUGCAAAGAGGCGUCUGUUCCUCUGGUGCAGUUUGGGAAGGCGCUCCGCAGUGCAUUGUUCGAGGAUGCUUCGGUGCUUAGGCAGACUUUACCUGGGAGUAAGUCCCAUUGUAUGCGGGUCCGGGUGCGACGAGUGAUAAAUGAGGCUCUUCGGGUGAAUUGCUUGAUGGCACCGUUGGGGGGGGGGGGGGGGAGGGGAAUGAGUGUGGCUGGGAUAUUCUGGGUUUGUCGAAAAUUGGGUCCGGUUGUGGCAGUUAAUUAGUACGGGGCUCGCUUGUUCCUUGGCUCCUAUGGAGGAGAAGCAGCUGUGGCAAGGAGAGAGUCCUUCCUCCCUGGGCUACCUGAGGGAAGGUUUUCCAGGUACAAGCUUCCCGGCACCCGCUUUGAGAAAGCUUUAAGAAGUCAGAACACAAUUGAGAAGAAGUGUCUAUGUAUCUUUUCUGUUUCUGGACACCUUUUUAACACAUCACUGGUCCUUGACAUAAAUGCUGAAGACUUUUAAGCACUGAAGACCGGCUGACAUAAAUUUUGCCUUGAAUAUUCGUGAUCAAAACUAGAUGUAUCAGAUCCUUUGGAUGAGCAAAAGGAUAAAAAGACUGAAGAAGUCCUGAAGAUUGAUGGAGGGCCAUGCUAUUCAAACAGCAGGCGUUGCUGAGACAGAAGCUCCUUGUGCUAGGCAGCCUUGCUAUUGGAAGCCUUCUCUAUCUAGUUGCCAGAGUUGGGAGCUUGGAUAGACUGCAACCCAUUUGCCCUAUUGAAGGCCGAUUUGGACUCCAUGGGCAAGAUGAAAUCCCACUCAGAGCUCUACAGUUUAAGCGUGGAUUGUUGCAUGAAUUCCGAAAGGGUAAUGCCAGCAAAGAACAAAUUCGACUUCACAGUUUGGUCCAGCAAAUCCCCAAGGCCAUAAUAAUUGGAGUGAGGAAAGGAGGAACUCGAGCACUACUAGAAAUGCUCAAUCUUCAUCCAGCAGUGGUCAAAGCCUCUCAAGAAAUACACUUCUUUGACAAUGAUGAGAACUAUGCCAAGGGCAUUGAGUGGUAUAGGAAAAAAAUGCCAUUUUCAUAUCCUCAUCAAAUAACCAUUGAGAAAAGCCCUGCAUACUUUAUCACAGAGGAGGUCCCUGAAAGGAUUUAUAAAAUGAACUCAUCCAUCAAAUUACUGAUUAUUGUCAGGGAACCCACAACAAGAGCUAUUUCUGAUUACACUCAGGUGCUGGAGGGAAAGGAAAGGAAGAAUAAAACCUACUACAAAUUUGAAAAGUUGGCCAUUGAUCCCAACACCUGUGAGGUGAACACUAAAUACAAGGCAGUAAGAACCAGCAUCUACACCAAGCAUCUGGAGAGAUGGUUAAAAUACUUUCCCAUAGAGCAGUUUCAUAUUGUGGAUGGCGAUCGUCUCAUUACAGAACCGCUGCCAGAACUCCAGCUGGUAGAAAAGUUCUUAAAUCUUCCUCCAAGGAUAAGUCAAUAUAAUUUGUAUUUCAAUGCCACCAGAGGGUUUUACUGCUUGCGAUUUAACAUUGUCUUUAACAAGUGCCUGGCGGGAAGCAAAGGACGCAUUCAUCCAGAGGUAGAUGCCUCUGUCAUUACCAAAUUGCGCAAAUUCUUUCACCCUUUUAAUCAGAAAUUUUACCAGAUCACAGGGAGGACAUUUAACUGGCCCUAAGAUAAACUUCCUACAACACUGUGUGUUGCACCUGGAGAUAUGCAACCAUAUCUCUAUUAGAGUAUAUUAAAAAAAAUAUAUGCACUUUUCAUACUCUCAGUUAUCAAAGUAAUCUUUUUUUUUCAUGCGUACUUGUACAUAUGCAGUGUGUGACCAAAUAUAAGAUGGGAUCAAUUUUUCUACAGAACAGUGCAUAACGUCAAAUUUAAACUCUCUGCAUAAUUGCAUCAUUUUAUGCUGUACAAUUAAAUGAGAAAAUGUCAUUUAAAGAAAUUAGCUACUCGGUUCAAAGGGUCAGCACUCUUAUUUGCUCCAUAAAAUUUAAUAUUAAAGGUAUCUCGAGAAAGGCAGAAUAUUGUUUUAAAAUUCAUUGCAAUUCUAAUUCACUGCAGUUAGAAUUCAUUUCUGAGAAAUCUGCAAUGCAAUAUUGUAUUUCUAAAUAUUGUUUAGAAAUAUUAUAUUUCUAUUAUAACAUAUCUCUAAAAGAAUAUUGGCCCUUUAAAGAGAAUACAUUUAUGCUUCAGGCUUAUAAUGGCUUAUCACUGCUCCCUAGGAAACCUCUAUUUUGGUAACAAGAAGGGACUAAUCACAUUUUUAUGAAUAAUUCUCACUACUUCCAUGAAUUGGGGUGGGGCAAUUAUGCCAGUUAAAUGGAUGAAAAGCCAAUAUAAGUUUGCUGUGUGAUUAUACCCUAUAUGAUGCUAAGUUCUUUUGAAAAAUCUUUUCCUAGUGUUGAAAAGAAACUUUCUCAUCCAGUCAACAUAGUUUCAAAUUUCCUGUGGUGAGUUUGCACUAUUGUUUUUAAUUGUAUGGAUCAUCUUGGCACUUAGAGCAUGUCAAUCAUGUGUCAAAACGGAAGUCUUUUUUCUCCCUUCUAUGCUUGUAUGUUGACAAAAAUUUGAUGUACAUAUUGUAUAUUGUUUGUAAAUACUGGUUUCACACUAAGUAAUUCUAUUUUGUAAACUAAAUAUGGCUAUUUAAUUUAUUGUGAAAAUUAAAUUUAUUGUGGUAUUUAAAAUGGAAUGGAUUAAAAUUGCUAUAUGUGCAAUUUGCUUUUUGUUUUUUUUCAGUGGAUGUUUGAUGAUCCUAUGAUAGCUCAUUAUCUCAAAUAGCAAGCUUUUCAUUGCAAACAAUUCACAAGUUCAGCUGGGAGUCAAGAUCUGAGUAAUUUGAUUGAGUAAUAUUCAAAGAUAUGCAAAUUCACCAUUAAAUUGGUAAUCCAUAAUGACUGCAUUGUUGUCAGGUGUAUUUUUAGCUGUUUCUGUAUAAAGAAGAAUGUGUACUAUGCAAAAACAUCAAGCAAAUAUCCUUAGUUCUACAACUCUAAGAGAAUUACAAAUGGAAGGCUACCAAAAAUAUUUUUAAAAUGUUAUUAUUCCGAUGAUAGGAUGAUGGUGCUUAUUUGGACCUUUUCUGCUUCCAUGAAUAAUAUCCAUAGGUGUAAAUGGAGGCUUAAGGUUAAGGCAAUUUAUUCUAACAAUUUUAAAAACUGGAUUUUCAUGAGAGAACUGCCUAGGAUUAAUUGGGAAACUCAUUGUACUUAUUGAAGCUCAAGGUUUCACCAUCAAAUCACAUUCAUUCCAAUUCUUCAAGGUUUUUCAUUGAUUUCACUAGAAAACUAGGUUAAAAUAGACUUACAAUGAAGUAAAGAUUAGCGAAAUCACUAGGAUAUGGGGUCUGUGAUUUUAAAAAAAGGCUCAAUUGGGGUUUUUUUGUUUCUAUGGGAAUGAAGAAAGAGAAGAAUUGGAUGCACUUUAAAGGAAUGGAAAUGUCACUGGGUAAUGGCUGCAAAGAAAUAGGAAUCCCAUUUGGAAAAAAUCCAGCCUUUUGCAUUUGUGUGUAUGCCUCACAAGUACAUAAACUGUGUAAAAAUUAUAUCCAAAAGUAAUGUGUAACUAUUGCAUAGAAGUGGAAAAUAACACUUCAAGAGUACUUCAGCUGUUAGGUUUUCUGUAGAUUAUCAUUACUCUAUUCAUAACAUUAAAAAAGCAAAAAAUGUAAAAUCAAA